ACGACAUACUGGUGAAAUCGAAACAAGCCUCCAAUCAUAUCGCUUGUCUUUCCUAAGUUUUGAUAUCCUCCGAGAAUACUCAAUGGUGCUUAACCCUAAAAAGUGCACCUUCGGGGUUGGAUCAGGAAAAUUUCUAGGAUAUAUGGUGAGCCAAAGAGGAAUCAAAGCUAAUCCCAUCAAGAUUCAAGCCAUACUUGAUUUGGCUCCUCCGACAUCCAUCAAGGGUGUCCAAGAUUUAACUGGUCGACUAGCAGCUCUAAAUCGAUUCAUUUCAAAGUCGACGGAUCAUUGCAAGCCUUUCUUUGACGCUAUCAGAAAGAAGAAGCCGUUUGAAUUGACCCAUGAAUGUCAGAAUGCUUUUGAUAAUAUCAAAGAAGUCCUUUCACAACUACCGACGUUGCAGAAACCCCUUCCCGAUGAACCUUUAUAUUUGUAUCUGGGAGUAAGUGAUGUUGAUGUUAGCGCUGUCCUCAUGCGACAAGAUGGACUUCAGCAGUUUCUGAUAUAUUAUGUUAGCAAGGCUUUACAUGACGCUAAAUUGCGAUAUCCGUAUAUAAAGAAAUUAGCCUUUUCUUUGACUAUUACUGCUCGUAAGUUGCGACCGUAUUUUAUGGAACAUUCUAUUGUUGU